AUGAGUGGAGUAAACUUACAAGGUUCUGAAGCGUUGCCCUCAUUCUCAAAGAUCAUGGAGAAUGCUAUGAGCAACAAGUUCAACCCACAGAUUCCUGCUACUCAUCAGUCAUGUAUAAAGGCUCCCUUUCUUCCUGACUCCCAAUCUAGGGUUUCUUUCUCAAACAGUUAUGUCCCUGAUAGUCAGCCACCCACAAAUAUGGUGAUGAAUACCUACUCUUUGAAACCUGCUUGUCAUUCAUCUUGGUCUCGUGGGUCUAAUGAUUUCACGUAUUACGCUUCCUCGCCUUACCACCAUACCCCAAAUUCGAGUGUUGGUUCUUACCCUGUGAACUACCAGUUUCCCCCACCACCCUUGAUACACCAUCGUCCAUACGAAACAGGAGCAGAUGUUGAUGAGGUGAAAGCAGAUGACGUUAUGAGAGAUAUCACCAAACUAAUGUCCACCUCACAAGAUGUUUCCGAAAACAUGGAAUUGUUGAAAAGAGAGUACCAUGCUUUGUUGUAUUCCAAAUUGGUGAACAGCCCUGCGAAUGAUAAUGCUCUGUUGGCUCUUGGCUCUGAAAUUCGUCCCACAAACCGGAUCACUCUUGAUUCAAUUAAGCAUAUGUUGCUUUCCGUUCCCCCUUCUGUGUUAGUCACUUUGGAGUUUUACUCUCAAGAGCAUCAUCGUAUUCUUGCAAAUCUCAAGGCAUCUCAAGCUAAGUUAUUGACACAAAGAGAAAGAGAACAACUUCACGCUGCUAACCUGGUGGUGAAAUCUGAUACUGGAAGAGCCUCAGCGGGGUCAAAUGCAAAUGCCACCCAGCCAGUCAUUACUUAUCAGAAGAGAAAGCUGAUGUCCUCUUUCAAGAAUUCUUCUGGGUUGAGCGAGUUCAAACCUGGUUUAAGAAGGAACUCCAAAUCCGAAGAGCAUGUUCACCAAGAAUCGAAAGCUGUACAUCAUUCCAAGUCCAAACUGGUUCAGAAGAUGCACACGAGUCACAGAUCUGUCUUUAAGUUUCCAGAACUUGAAUCACAAUCGCCUCUAAUUUGUACACAUUGUGGUUCGGAGAAGACACCAGAAUGGAGAAGAGGACCAGAUGGAGAUAAAACCCUCUGUAAUGCCUGUGGGAUUUUUUACUCUAAACUCAUCAGAAAAUACAACUCCCCCAAAGAGGCUGCCCUGAUUAUGAAGCAGCGCAAGUCUGAGGGCUUGGAGAUUGACAGACAUGUUUGA